AUUGUCUUAAACUGGUAGCGCGUGCCCGAUAAUUUGCAGAUAAUUUAUUUUUUUUAUAACUUUUAGUUUGACUCUGGUUCGCCAAGAAACAACAUUAAAGGGUAAACGAAGAAUCAAAAUUUUUAUAAUGGCUCCAAGUUAUAAAUUGAUCUACUUCAAUUUCACCGGAAGAGGAGAACCAAUAAGGAUGCUUCUGACUUAUGGAGGAAUUCCAUUUGAAGACAUCCGAUUUGAAGUGGAUGAAUGGCCAAAAAUAAAACCUACAACACCUCUGGGACAAGUUCCAAUUUUGGAAAUAGAUGGAAAGAGCUACACUCAAACCAUACCACUUUGCAGAUAUUUAGGAAGACUGCUUAAGAUUGACGGCAAAGAUAUGGUAGAAGAUUUGGCUAUAGAAUCUGCUGUUGAAAUGAUUUGGGAUAUGCUUAAAACUGCAUAUGAAAGCAAAUUUGAACCUCAAGAAGAAAGACAAAAGCAAUUGUUGGAUAAACUGCAUGGCCAAAUGACUGUACUAUUAGCAAAACUUGAAGAAGAUACCAAGAAAAACGGAUACAUUGCAAUAAACAGGAUUUCUUGGGCAGAUUUGAUAUUCCUUUGUGGGUACGAAGACUUGGAAAACAUUCUAGCAGGUGAAAACACGUUUGUUAAAUACCCUAAUCUACUGAAACUGAAAAAGAAGCUUCUUGAAAAUAAAAAUAUUAGGGAAUAUCUCCAAAAAAGACCUGCCAACCCUCUAAUGACUGCUUACAGCUUAAAAAAUGAUCUGUAAUAAGUUGUGAAUGAUUUAUUUCAAAAAGAUAUCUGUAUUUCUUGCAUUGUGUUGAUUUUUGUAUAGUUUUAUAUACAGUUUGGCAGACUAAUGUUACAAUAGCAUAUCAAUAUUUUUUGUUUUUCUACUCAUGGUUUUUAUAACUAUUAUUAAAUAUAUAUAAAAU